GCUCCUCCAGCUCGAGCGCCGCUCCGUGAAGAGGGCCGUCAUGCAGUACGAGAAGCUCUCACAGACAAAGCUAGAGCUUCCGCCGGCUCAACAGAAUCGACGACGACUUUCGAAGCGAGAGCGGAUCACUUUGUUCGCUAGCUCAUUGGCAUCAAUUGUCUGGACUGCUUGGGUGAUCGGGCUCAUCCAAACACCCGCACUAGAGCUCCAAUGGCUCUCGGAUCUGGUUCGAAUGGACCGGGCACAUCUCAGCUAUCAAAGCUUGCAAGAUUCGACUAUGCCCCAGGACGUUUUGGAGCGACAAUACCUUGCAAUGCCGUCGAGCGAGCGAAUCGCGUCCAACCUGCAGGCGAUGACAUCGAAGGCUCAUUUGGCAGGGACAUCGCAAGGCAAAUUGUCUGCGUACGAUGUUCAGCGACAAUGGCGCACCAGUCUCGGUCUGCCGGCUCAGCUUGACGAUCUUGUGACGGUCGAAAGCGGCACAACGGACAGUAGGCGGCUCAUGACACAAACAAGCCCCAAAGUCGACAAGAUCAGAGCCUGGACCGAUACAUACUAUCCUCUGCUCAACUAUCCUGUUCUGCGCUCAGUCAAGCUGUGCAAUGCUUCAGAGGUCGUCUUUCGAGCCGCAAUGCGUGAAAAUGUCUUUAUCGAGGAGGAUCCCACGAGCGCGACUGGCAAUGAAGACGUACCCACCUUUCAUGGCUACAGCAAGAACGGCUCCGCCACGGGGCAAUACGUCUACGCAAAUUACGGCCGAGUGGAAGACUUUGAGCUGCUCAGAUCCAAAGGCAUCUCCGUCACCGACAAGAUCGUGCUUGUCCGAUAUGGCGGCGUGUUUCGAGGUCUCAAAGUCUGGCUAGCCCAGCAAGCAGGCGCAUCAGCCGUGCUCAUCUAUACCGAUCCUGCAGAGGACGGCAACAUCACCCUCGCCAAUGGCCACAAAGCAUACCCAUUCGGGCCAGCAAGAGAGCCUACUUCGGUCCAGCGUGGCAGCGUUCAGCUCAUCUCUGUCUAUCCUGGUGAUCCUCUGACACCCAACAAGCCAGCGUACGAGCAUGCAGAACGACUAGGCGCAGAUGAUCCGAGCAGCCUUGUGCGGAUACCCAGUCUGCCUCUCUCGUAUGUCGAUGCUUUGCCCCUACUUCAGGCCUUGGAAGGGCGCGGACAGCAACUGGAAGGUUUCAGUGGCGCGCUCGACCUUUCUUAUUGGACCGGUCCGUCUGAGCUCGAGAUCGAGGUCGUCAACGUUGUCAAAGGGGGCGUAACGCCAAUCUACAACACAUAUGCCAUGAUCGAAGGCCAGAUUGCAGACGAAGUCGUCAUAGUUGGCAAUCACAGAGAUGCGUGGGUCUUCGGCGCUGCCGAUCCUUCUUCUGGCACUGCCGCUGUACACGAAAUCGUCCACGGGUUCGCCGAGCUCAUGAGGCAAGGCUGGAAGCCUGUCAGAAGCAUCCUGUUUGCCUCGUGGGACGCAGAAGAGUAUGGGCUCGUCGGCUCGACAGAAGCUGGCGAGGACUUUUCCCAGCGAUCUUUCGGAGGCACAUUCUUCAAAGAUCGUGUCGUGACUUACCUCAAUGUCGAUGUCGCUGCGAGCGGCUCACGACUGCACAUCGGUGCCUCACCGUCACUCACGCCAUUCUAUGAGAAGCUCUUAUCGGAUCUGAAGAUCGAUGCACCGCCUGUAGCACCUCUGGGCUCAGGCUCCGACUUCUCUGUCUUUCUUCAGCAUCUCGGGAUCGCUUCGUCGGAUCUUGGCUUUGCUCGAGGCGCCGAGGAUCCUAUCUAUCACUAUCACAGUCAGUUCGAUAGUUUCGCCUGGAUGAAUCGCUUCGGCGAUCCGGGCUUUACUCGCCACGUCAAGAUUGCUCAAGUCAUGGGUCUUGCCGCCUUGCGGAUUGCGCAGCCUAUCAUACUACCGAUCAAUGUCACUUAUUAUUCCAACGUCCUAUUCGACGACUUUGAUCGAAUCAGCAAGAUUGCCAGAGACUUCGAUGCGAAAGCAGACAUAGGACUGGCUCAGCUACAGAAUGCAGUCAAGGCUCUCUCACGCGCGACGACCUCCUUCUCGAAGCGAGCGAGCAAGCUACAGAGUCUCACGAGCUUACCGCAUUGCUCCAGCCGGCAAGCUCGUCGCGUCAACUCGCAGCUGCGAACGUUCGAAAGCGGCUUUCUGGCAAGGUCGGGCGGUCUUCCUGGGCGGAAGUGGUACAAGCAUCUGGGUGUAGCGCCCGGCAGAUAUUUGGGCUACGGUGCAACCACUUUUCCUGGCGUCACAGAAGCGCUCACGCUUGACAAGGACAUCAAGGAGGCUAGGCGAGAGGUCAAGCGAUUGGUGUAUGCAUUAAGGAAGACAGCAAGAGGGCUCUCUCGCUAGGCAUGGCUUGCUCCUGUGUUGUAUUACUGGUCUGUUAUUUCUUAUGCCCAUGCUGCGAAUUGCGCCAGCUUAUGCCAACCUGACAAGCGUUAUCUGAAUGUAAAUAGCACUCAGAGCUGCUCCAAUU